AGAGAUAGAGAGAGGGAGGGAGGAGAGAGGAGGAGGAGGACCACUGAGAUUCACUGAGCAUCAGGAGAAUUCACUCCUGAGGUCUGAGUUCCGUCCUCUGUGGGCUACUUUGGAAGUGAGUGUGGGCUCUACCUCACUGAGUCACCGCCACUCGUUCAGCUCCGACUCUCUGGAUGAGGACACGUUGCUGCUGCAAGAUGAAGUUGCUGUGUUUGAACUUUGCCAUCAGCUGUCUGUGCCUUCUCCCUGCAGCGGUCCAAGAGACGGUGGACUUUCAGAAGCAACCAUGGAGGGAGCAGGAAGGAGGAAGAGAAGACGCUGGGGGAGCUGCGCUGAAGGUCAAACAUAUCUCCAAAGACUUACAGAUCAUCUCCACCAAACAGAAGACACCUGCUUACGGCUCGCUCGGCCCGUACGGUUGGCCACAGAACAUGUCCCAAGCCCUGGAUCAGUAUCUGUACCGCCCUGCUCCCAAAUCCAAAUCUCCUGCCAAAACAUCCCCAAAGGCCAAGAAGAUCCUGGGCUGGGGCGAUUUUUACUUCAACGUGAAAACAGUGAAGUUCAGCCUCCUGGUGACCGGCAAAAUUGUGGACCACAUCAACGGGACUUUUAGCGUCUACUUCCGCCACAACUCCUCCCGUUUGGGGAACAUAUCCGUCAGCAUCGUCCCACCCUCCAAAGCUGUAGAAUGGGAGGUUCUGCAUCCCGCAACUCAGAGCGCAGAAACCAAAAGCUCAGUCCUGGUUCCAAAUGUGACGUCCCAGUUCCAGAGCCCCCCUCACUCCACCAGCACCACCUCUCCUCACCCGCCGCAGCAGCAGCAGGACAUGGUGAUGUUGACCGAACUCAACUGCCGGAUCGAGUACCAGAGAACCAACCGCUCCAAGAAGACCAAGCCCUGCAUGUACAACCCAGGGCAGACCUGCUACUCCGAAAACACCCAGUCGCAGGCAGCCUGGAUCUGUGCCAAACCCUUUAAAGUCAUAUGCAUCUUCAUCGCCUUCACCGGCUCCGAUUACAGGCUCGUGCAGAAAAUUUGUCCAGACCACAACUUUCAGACAGAGCAGAACCAGCAGCACUUUGGAUGAUAGAUUCGGCAAAGCUGAAACUGAGACACCAAACACUGACUUUUCAUAUGGAUUGACUGUUUGGUUUUUUUACUAUUGCCAUCAAAAACACAUUUCGAAAAAUGUCAGUGAGUGCAAAACAAAUGAUAAUGGGCCCUGUCUUACACCCGGUGCAACGUGGUGCCUUGCGCAAAGCAAGUUUCUUUACUUGUGUCAGACUGACGCAGGUGUCAUUGUCCCAUGUCUCAGCCAUGUUGUUUAGAAAGCAGGUGCACCCGCAUCCACGGGGGGAAACUGUUUCCUCUGCAGAGACGCGUUCUCUCCAACUACCAGCAAAGAUGGCACUAUUUGUUGCACGUUACACCCCAAAGGGUCUAGAUACAUCACCUUUCGAACCAUGCCCCUCACACGCUGACCUUUUGUUUCCCACCGUUUAACUAGCAGAAGUUGAGUUGCGCCGCGUGCUGUAGACCACGUGCUUAGAUUGCUGAAAAAGAGCCUGAUGUGUUAAUAGUCAAACACAUUUAUGAUUUUGUAAAAGUGAGCUUUUGUGUCGUCUGAAACUUCACACACCCGCUGAAGAGCUUCCAUGCCAUCUUUUCCUUUGUAGUGAUUUAUAAAUUUUUCUUUUUCUGAAUAUGCGUGAAGACUUUAAAUCCAAAAUUAGAAAUUCUUUAUUACGAAAAUGUGAUGUCUUGGUUUCAUAAAACAAAAUAUACAUCUCAAGUUGAUAGGGACAGACUCCUCUGAGGUUUUUGGGAAAAGUGACUUCAACAGCUUUCUCACUAUGAAAUGAAUUCUUGGCUCGUUGAUUGUACUGGUAGCUAUUAUUGAUUAUAUAUAUAUAUAUAUAUAUAUAUAUAUAUUUUCUUCAAAGACACAAACCACAGGAUUUACAGCUGUGAUGACUUUUAUCAGUGUCCCUGGCAGCCGUCCAUUACCGAUUUUACUUUUCACCUUGAGAGUUUUGUGUUUUCCCAGCCCUCUGCUGUCACAGACAUGCUCUCUUUGACUUCACAGAAGACAUUUCGGGUGAGAACAUUCGGUUAAUAGUGUAUUUAUUUUAGAGCUUUUUGAAAUAUAUGCACAGAUGUCUUAAUCUCCUUUGUCCUGGUCUCAUGAGCAUUUGUGAUCGAGUCACUCAUUUCUAUAAACUAGGUCAUUCUUGUAACCCUACGUCACCACAAACGUCUGGUUUGAAAAUGCACUUUGUGUAAUUUGUGAAGUUGUAUUUACAAUUCCCCAGUCCAGUUGCACGAGUGUCACCCUGUUCAUCUGAUAACUGUGAUUAUCUCUGGUUGUUAAAAUAGAUCAAAAAAACAUUUCUGUUUGUCCCUGAAUAUUUUUUCUGUCAAAGGAAAAUUGACGCUACAGUCUGCGCUUCAUGCGAGACUUUAUAUAGUCACGGCUUAGAAAACAUAAUGAGCACAGAAGAUGAAAGAAAACUUGCUUCAAAAUAUAUUCAUUCUUGAAGAAUAAUCUGUGUAUUUGGCAAAAGUAAUACGUAGUUAUGCAACUAUCACGCAGCUACAAGCUGCCUUCGACAAACAAGACCCUGAGAGUCACUGCGUGUGUGGAUAGCCCCAUUAUAUUUUUCAUGUCCAAGGUUUUCCAUAACCGCUCCACUGAAUAUCAUGUUUUGUUUUUCCGUGCCUUUCAUUUAAUGGAUUGUUUAGAACAUCAAAAGAUACAUUAUUCUAAGUCCCUUGUUUCCACGCCCCCGGUGCAAAGUAUUAUAACUUUGAGUGAUGAAAGUGUUUCUGCACAGGCUUAGUCUUCAUGAGCUUUUCAAAAGACACCAAAGGAGCAGUCAACGACAAAACAGGGCCCCUCCGACACUUUUCACUUUGCACAGCUUAUUGCACAGUGGAGAGUUGCAUCUGAUCCUGUGACUCCUGGUGGAGGUUGUAUUAUAUAUGCAGAGCAGAACAAUCCAUCCGCUGUGUUCCCAAAUCAGACGGAGGCUUCAUGUGAUCCUUCUGUGCACCACCCCGUGCUGCAGCCCCUCUCCCCCAGGGUUUCGGGAUGUUUGGGCCGAGGUCGCCAGACCACUGUGGAGUUGUGCAGCCAAAGCCUCAACGGUGCCAGCGGCUGAACGGGACGGGAGAGCCUUGGCCGGGAUGACCCAGACAUGUGGUGCCUCCUGCAGCAGGAGAAGGACAGGCAGUGUCGUGGCCUGGGCCUCAUCGCAUCAGAGCUGUGUGUGGAGCCUAAGGCCCAACUGUUGGCAGACGUGGCUCAUAUUAGCGGCCGGGUGGCAGCAGGGGCCGUGCCGUCUCCUUUCCAACACGCUCACCUCCACUACCCACAAGUCCCUGCGUGGAGCACGGAUUCCACUCCCAUGUUCAAACGGUACGUCACCCAGGUGCUGCUGAACGCCGAGGCCAUGGCUCACGCUCUGCUGAAGAAAGGCUACACCCUGGUGUCAGGCGGAACAGACGACCACCUGGUCUUGGUUGACCUGUGACCUCGCGGGAUGGACAGGGCUCGGGCUGAGCGGGUCCUGGAGCUGGUGUCCAUCACCGCCAACAAGAACACCUGCCCGGGAGACAGGAGCGCCCUCACUCCAGACGGACCCAGGCUCGGAACACAAAUAAAAACAUAGCCGCUUGAGCAGGAAGUUUUGGGGAAAUGUGUUGUUGUCAGUGAAGAGCUGCGGGAGCGGAGGAUGUUUGUGCAGAAUCCGUCAACCAGUCAGUCUCUCCACCUGUAUGAUAUUGUCUCCUUUCUUCUCUGUCUGUCUGUCUGUCUGUGAUGCGUCUCGGUUUGCUUUCGUCUGUCUGUUUGUCUGUGCGUCCGUCGGGCUCUCAGUCAUCUGUCAGUCAUCUGUCAGUCAUAUGUCUAAACCUCUCUAUCAACUUUAUCAACAUAUCUUGUUUUCCAAUUCUCAUUUUUCUAUUAUCUUUUUGUCACGUUUUUUUCCUCACAGGAACCCCGGCUCUAACCUCCCGACAGUUCAACGAGGCGCACUUCGAGAAGGUCGUGAAAUUUAUCGAUGAGGGGAUUCAGAUCGCACUGGGUGUGAAGAAGAAGACGGUAGCCCAGGAUGGACAAACCCACCGCUGGCUCUAGAGGGGGACUUGCAGGCCACUGCAGGUUCUCCCACAUGCUUGGAAAGAUGGGAGUGUAAACAGGGGUAUUCAGUUGGAAACAUAACUUCAAACACGAAACCUGGCCAGCUUCAAGUCCUUCCUGCUGGAGGACCCAGAGACCGCGUCACGCAUCGCAGAGCUCCGCCAGCGGGUGGAGCUCUUCUCCAGGCCCUUCCCCAUGCCAGGAUUCACUGGCCACAUAGACACCACAGACACAAUCACGCAAUGGACAUAUUGGAUCCUUUAGACCUGUAAUGUGCCCAUUUCUGUACACAGUCACGUUUCUAUAGCAACUCAUGACAUGUGAUGUCACUGUACCAAACUCUGAUUGACAAAUGUCACGUGGCACUAAUUGGCCAGAUGAUGUCUCACUGCUGGUCAUAAUAACGUCGGCACUCAACUUUGGUGUAAAAGACAAAAGUGAAAUUAUAAAGGAGGAGUGAAAUAAUCAAAUUAUCAUUCCAUCAACAAUUGUAAAUGCUGUAGUAAUAAUACAUAUAAUUGUAAAUAAUGAUGUAAUCCGUAGUGCAAGUUGUAUUAUAUUGUUUUAUUAUAUAUGUGAGGUUAUUAAAGUUUUUAUUAAUGUGUUUGUCAAAAAUCUUAAUUAAUUCUGGGGGCACCUAUGAAAGGAGGCUUUUACAAAAAGUUUGUGAAUAAUCAUUUUGUCAAACACUUAAACGUGUCCUAAUAUCCACAUAUGGCAACAUUACAGUGUAUUAAUUGUAAUAAAUGCAAAAUAGAGAAACUUGUGGUAGAAUGUUACCGCUGUGUCUUUGACUGUGGGAAUGAGUAACGAUGAGAUUAUUUUUGAAUUAGCUGCAUAUUUUCACAUGAGCAGGUUUAUUUGUAUUAACGUCCCCUUCAGCGGAAUUUUUUUUGUUACACUUUGACGACUUUUUAAAGAACUGGGCAAAAAUCUUACAGGCCAAUUCAUGGCGAUCGUGUUUGGAUCUACCAGAUGUGGGAAAUUAUCUAUUUAGUUCAGGCAAGAAAGUUCAACAAGGUUGAUAAUGGGGAUAUUUUCUAUAGGAUGGAAUCCAUUUCAAAAAGUUUUACAUUCAUGUUUAUUAUCUGGCAGUUGACACAUCAGCAGGUUUUCACUUGAGAGACAGGACGGCUAAUAAGAACAGUAAGUCUACUUAUGUAUUUUGGCUUUUUGUCACUAAACUCUUUCAAGAGCCCUUGACAGUGUCAGGCUUUGUCUCGGGCCCUGGGAAACUCACAGCAGCUGCACUGGGAACCGAACACACGCUCACUUUACACAAACCAGAAACAGUUAAACAGCACAAACCUUUUUCAAAAUAUG